UAAUUAGAAUAAUUUAUUUUGAAGGGGGGAAAUGUUAUGGGGUGAAUGGUGAAGGUGGAGGGGAAUAGAAUAGUUUUUUCUUUUGGCAACUCCUGGAAUUUUGGAGCAAAUGGAGUGAAGGUUGGGGUGCAUUUGAUGGGGACGUGGACGCAGCUGUAUGAACAUGAAAAUCCGUAAGUGUUGACAUUCAACAUGGCGGCAUGUCGUCAGUGCUGUGCUGUGUCGUGCUUGUGUAAUUGUUAGUUUAGGACAAUUUUUGAAACCAACGCUCACUGUAAAUUCCACAUUAAAGAAAAAGCUGAAGAACAAAAAGAAACGCAAAAAAUAUUAUAACGACUAUUAAAAAAACAAAGUUUAUCGUAACGACACAACCACACUCAGCACGCAUUGAAGACAUCUGAGGAUUUUCAUGCCAACAAUUAUCCUCUAACAAUAAAUUCAAGAUAACAUUCAAAAAAAAAAUUUACAAACUGUUUUUUUUUUCGUUUGAAAUUCUUUUUUACAUGAAUGAGAAAGAAAUAAUAAUCAACGGAGUAUGACUAAUGUGGAAGUUAAUACGAAGAUAAUAGUUUUCCUCGAGGAGCCUGUAUUGAUGGAUCAACUGUCGAGAAAUAACGAAGUAAAAUAAAUUUUUAAUUGAAAAUCAAGUAAACGCGUAACUGUGUGUCCAACUCAAGUGAACUGUGCUAUAAUUUUUCCAUUCGUUAAAUUGAGUAUUAAAGAAACUAAAACAUAACAGUUUACAUUAAUUUGUUCGUUUGUAUGUACGUUGGUUCGUUGAGCCAACAUAAUUUGAAUAAAAAAAUUUAAAAAAGUGGCGGGAUCGGGUAAAAUCAGUGAUUGUAAUUAUGGCUGAUGCUAUACUGCUCUUCAUCACUUAAUGAGAAGGGAAAAAUUCAAUUAACUAUUCAAUCCAAAGGACACUCCAAUUAUUACAAACGAGUGCCAAAUAUUUUGUUUCUGUGUCAAACCGACAACCACAAAGGAGGAGAGAAUAAAAUCCCCCAAACGGCCCCCCUCGAAGUCCCUCGUUCAUCAAUAAAUAAAAAAAAUCAAGUUCUUGUAACGUCCUAAUAAUUGAAUUCAAAAGGAGAAGGUGAAAAAUUAAAAAGCAGAAUAAAAAGCAGAAAGAAGUUUAAAAAAAAAAGGGAAACGAACGAUUUAAGGUACCAAGAACCAUUCUGUGAUAUCUAUGUUAACACUUAAAUACUAUUGAAAAGACUAAAAAAUUUCUAAUUAUAAGUAAAACAAAAAAAAGAAGGAAAUAUAUUGUGCGAUCAAGUGCACGCGAUAGGCAGGAGACGGGAGCGAGCCUGCCUUCGCCAAAGAGAUAGAGAAAACUACGAAAAAGGGAUAAAAAAAAAAUUAAUAAAAAGAAAAAAAGAUAAAUAAUAAACUAAUAAAGAAGAAUUGAAAGAUAGGAGUGGAAAAUUUUAAUUGAAGAAUUGAAUAAAAAUGUCGAACAAUCCUCAGUGGAAGAGUUUCCAGCCGCCAAUCAUGAACUCUGACCCAGCUAUUCUCGACUAUAAGUCAAUGUCAAUACCGACCAAGAGCAUUGUCGGUGGUACUCAGUCAACAAACAGUCAUUACCGCAAUGGUACGAGUUAUGGUGGUGAUGUCCAUGGCUACAUGGGCUCACCACCAGACAGUGGAAAAAUAUCGUACACCUCUUAUGCACCAUCAAUGUCACCACGCAAUGGUACAAGCAGUACCAGAUACCCAAAUCGUCCCCUCGGUAUGGAAAAUAAUACGCAAUACACACCAGAAACAGUCACCAAUAAUUCAUCUUAUCAAGAUCAGUCUGCUAACCAGGGGCCACGUGAAGCCGGUAUCAUCGAAAAAUUACUGCAUUCUUACGGAUUUAUCCAGUGCUGCGAGAGACAGGCACGAUUGUUUUUCCACUUUAGCCAAUUCAGUGGUACAAUCGAGCACCUCAAAAUAGGUGAUCCCGUUGAGUUUGAGAUGACGUACGAUCGUAGAACUGGAAAGCCAAUAGCAAGUAUCGUUAAUAAAAUAGCACCUGAAGUUGUGCUAAGUGAGGAGAGAGUCACUGGUAAUGUAACAACUGAAUUGCCAGCUAGUGGUGAUUCUCAGGGACGAAUUAGCUAUGAGAAUCGUGGAGAAUGUUUCUUUCUCCCAUAUACCAAAGACGAUGUCGAGGGAAAUGUUACUUUACGAGCUGGUGAUAAAGUAUCCUUUCAAAUAGCGACUAAUCAACGGGGAAAUUUGGGUGCAUGUCACGUGCGAUCUGAGAAUCCAGCCCAUCCAGUUCGUUAUCGUGGUGUUGUAUGCUCGAUGAAAGAGAGCUUUGGAUUUAUCGAGCGGGCUGAUGUCGUUAAAGAGAUAUUUUUUCACUUCAGUGAAGCUAAAACAGUUAAAGAGGAGUUGAAAUUGGGUGAUGACGUUGAAUUUAUCAUUCAAACACGCAAUGGAAAAGAAGUUGCGUGCAAUAUAACGAAAUUACCACCGGGUUCGAUAGUAUUUGAGGAAGUUAAUAAUGAAAUAAUGAAGGGACAAGUGUUGAAGCCACUGGAGAGGGGAAAUGCUGCACGUCAUCAGAACGAUCCACUGCCUGGUCGUAUACGCUAUAGAGCGCCAGAUUAUUCCGAAGUUGAAGUGCCAUUUGGGGAUAAGGAUCAGAAGGGCGAUUUUACUCUCAAGCACGGCGAUUGGGUGCAAUUCUUAAUAGCUACUGAUACCAGGGAUCAAUUGAAAAGGGCCACUGAAAUAUCACUAUUGCCAGAAUCAUUCGCUGUCUCCGGGGAGAGACGUGAGCAGGGGGUUAUUGCAGCUCUCAAGGAUGGAUUUGGCUUUAUUAGAUGCGUCGACCGAGAUACCAGACUUUUUUUCCAUUUCAAUGAAGUACUUGACAUUGAUCGAGAAAUAAGUGUCGGGGAUGAGGUGGAGUUUACGGUCAUUCAAGUGGGACUCUGUGAUGCACCGACAUUCUUCGGUAAUAUGCGUCACAGUGCCAUCAGGCUCAAACACUUGCCUCCUGGUACUGUUCAGUUUGAGACUGUUACUGAGAGCGAUGUACUUGGGAGCAUCAUUCAAGAUGUCAAUGGCAUGGAGCCUGGAUUAAUCGGGUACGCUGAUAAAGAUGGCACGCAAAAGAGCAUUAUUUUCUUUGCCAAGGAUUGCGAUCCUAAGAGUGUCCCUAAAUUGAAUGAAAAGGUUAAAUUCAGUAUCUGUCAGGUGAAGAGAAAUAAGGAAUUGGUGGCAGUCGAUAUCUCGCUGCUGAAUCCGCCUGUUGAAAAACCACAGAAUGGAAGUGACAAAUCGGUGGGUCAAAUUUAUCAGGGUUUUAUUGCAGCUCUCAAAGAUGGUUUUGGCUUCAUUGAGACUGUUAAUCAUGAGAAAGAAAUAUUUUUUCACUUUAGCACUUUUGAUGGUGAUGCGGGCAAUUUAGAGCUUGGAGCUGAAAUAGAGUGUACAGUGAAUACAGGAAAUGGUCGAAGUACUGGUGGAUGUAUAGCAGCUGAAUCAGUGCGUGCUGUUGCUCGUGGAACAAUACCACGUGCUGCAGCUGUCAGUGAAGUGAUCGAAGGAAUUGUUGUGAGGCCUCUUCGCAGUGCGAAUCCUGAUCAGCAGGAGUACGCUGGCCUGAUUAAAUUACAAUCGAUCAAUGACGAUGACAACGCACCUGAAUACGAAUUUGGAAUAAUGGGAUUGUUGAACAAACGUGAAUUGCUGCAGAUCAACGAUCCUGUGCAGUUUCAAAUCGACGCGGAGGGCCAUGCUUGCAAUAUCGUUGCUGUUAGAAAGAAGAGAAUUGCAACUGUUGACGCCAUUAAGGCAGCCUUUGGCUUUCUUGCAUACGAGGUUGACGAGGGAAAGAAACUUUUCUUUCAUAUGACUGAAGUUAAGGAUAAUGCAACACUACAGCCUGGUGAUAGAGUUGAAUUCGUUCUUGUUACUAAUCAGAGGAAUGGAAAAUCAUCGGCUUGUAAUGUGACACGACUGAGUGGGGAAUCUGUACAACAACGACCUGAACGCCUGAUCAGCCGACUUCGCACUGUUUCCCUGGAAGAUGCAGGCCCCAAAUUGACUGUUAUCAGGCAGCCCAAAGGUCCAGACGGCACACGUGGAUUCACUCAAGAACGCGCCCAACGUUUUGCUGGAUGCAUCGAGGAAUAGAGGAAGUGAGACUCAACAUCAAUGAUUGAAAUGGAGGCUAUCCCAUCCGUCGUUGAAGUAAUUAUUAUUUUUAGUCCACGUUGAUGCCGAGAUUAAGAUUGUAAACGUUUGCCAAAUCAAGACUUAUUGUUUAAAUCGAAAUCGGGACGAGUAGGGAAACGUUAGACAGUGCGUUAGUAAAUGGCGAAUUGGGUAUUUGAUAUUUGUCAACGAGAACAACGAGCCAUACUUUAAUAAAUCCGCGAUAACGGCACACUUUUACAUCAUGAUGAAUAAGAAAAUAAUGUGUUAUUUAUUUAGAAGCGCGUUUUCUCGACAGACUUUUCAUUUUAUUAAUUUCCGUCAACCUGAGAUCGAAGAAACGGCGCCUUCCAUCGAAUUGUUUUUCUCUCAUUAGUUAAUUGUACAAUUAUUAUCGAUUGAUUUACAUGUAUCCAUCCAUUAAUUUUUUUUUCUUCGGUUUAUCACGUAAAUAACAAUCUUUUUUUAUUAGCGGAAGGAAAAUUGUGGUAAAUUAAGUUAACGUAAAGUGAAGAGAUAAAUGCGUGACAAACAAAUAAUGAACAAAACCCCGCGGCUCUCUAACAACCCAUUGAGGUGCCGGAUCACAAAAAUUUCAACAUUGCCUGAGCGAAAAUUUGAGAAAAUAUGUACAUGAGAAUGAAAAACAAACGGAUCAUUUUACUGUUAUCUGAGCAAAUGUGGAUGAAAGUGCGUAUGAAUGCGCGUGUGUAUGUGAUAAUACAGAGGGAAAAUCAAGUACGAGAGAAAUGAAAAUAUUCCCGUAAAUUUGCAGCGUGACGCCGGAUAGUGGAGAACAAAUGUAAACAAUACGUAUCACAAAUAAAUUUCAAACUAAAUGCGCGUAUUACACCGCAUUGCCUGUUUAUCAAGAUGAUUCGAAAAAAAAAAUGUGUAAAACGAAAGAA